AUGGGAAGCCAAGAGCAGCAGCAGAGAGUGAGUACAGAUGGAGGAGCUACACGCAUGGCAGCCAUCUAUGCAGAGGCCACACCACCACCCACCAAACACUUCGACGUUGACCAUAACAUCGACCCCAAAGAUGAUCAACAGAAGCCUGGAUGGAGAAAGUUUCUAGCACACGUAGGCCCUGGCUUCCUUGUCUCUUUGGCCUACCUUGAUCCUGGCAACUUGGAAACUGAUCUGCAAGCUGGAGCCAAUCACAGAUACGAGCUGCUUUGGGUGAUUCUUAUUGGAUUGGUCUUCGCUCUCAUAAUCCAAUCGCUUUCAGCAAACCUUGGCGUGACCACCGGAAAACAUUUAUCAGAAUUAUGCAAGGCGGAGUACCCACAGUUUGUGAAGUAUUGUCUGUGGUUGCUAGCAGAAGUUGCCGUCAUAGCUGCUGACAUACCCGAAGUGAUUGGCACAGCCUUUGCACUGAAUAUACUGUUCAACGUUCCGGUUUGGACCGGAGUUCUCCUCACUGGUUUCAGCACUCUCCUUCUUCUAGGCCUGCAGAGAUAUGGGGUUAGGAAGCUGGAAUUGUUGAUAGCAGUGUUGGUGUUUGUCAUGGCUGCCUGUUUCUUUGGUGAAAUGGGUUAUGUGAAGCCUCCAGCAUCUGGUGUGCUCAAAGGCAUGUUUAUCCCAAAGCUCAAUGGCCAAGGAGCCACCGGAGAUGCCAUUGCCCUCUUGGGUGCCCUCGUUAUGCCGCACAACCUUUUUCUCCACUCAGCUCUUGUGCUUUCUAGGAAAAUUCCAAAAUCUGUCCAUGGCAUCAACGACGCGUGCCGAUAUUUCUUGAUAGAGAGUGGAUUUGCAUUAUUUGUAGCAUUUUUAAUUAAUGUUGCCAUCGUCUCUGUAUCCGGCACCGUUUGCCAUGACACCAACCUCUCUGAUAAGGACACCAAAACUUGCAGUGAUCUUACCCUCAAUUCUGCCUCUUUCCUUCUCCAGAAUGUGCUGGGACGGUCAAGCAAAGUCAUUUAUGCAAUUGCACUAUUAGCCUCAGGCCAAAGCUCCACAAUUACAGGCACAUACGCAGGACAAUUUGUCAUGCAGGGUUUCUUGGACAUUAAGAUGAAAAAAUGGUCUAGAAACCUAAUGACCAGGUGCAUAGCAAUUACACCCAGUCUCAUUGUUUCCAUUAUCGGCGGCCCUUCAGGAGCAGGCAGACUCAUUAUCAUUGCAUCGAUGAUACUCUCUUUUGAACUCCCAUUUGCUCUAAUCCCACUACUCAAAUUCAGCAGUAGCACCACCAAGAUGGGACCCCACAAGAACUCAAUCUAUAUCAUUGUGGUAUCAUGGAUUCUAGGCAUGGGAAUCAUAGGCAUCAACAUCUAUUACCUGAGCACAGGGUUUGUGGGGUGGUUGAUCCACAGCAGCCUACCAAAAGUUGCAAAUGUGUUCAUUGGGAUCAUAGUGUUUCCUCUGAUGGCCAUUUACAUCCUUGCAGUCAUCUACUUGACCUUGAGAAAAGACAGUGUAGUGACAUUUAUUGAGCCCACAAAGAAUGACCCAGCAGCCCAAAACCAAAUGGAAAGUGGGCUCCCCUAUUCUAGUGGGCCCCCAGUGCCCUUCAGAGAGGACUUGGCUGACAUACCUCUACCCCAAUAG